AUGACCACGCGCCGCGCCUCCGUCGCGACCAUCCGCGCCCGCGCCCACUACCAGCCCGAGCAGCCGUCGCAGGAAGACGAGUUCGGGUGGCUGAAGCAGGCCGCGCCCCAGUUCCACACCCAGCCCGACGCGCUCCCGUCCGCGUACGUCACCUCGUCCGACGCCCGGUCUGAGGACGACUCCGGGGACGAGAGCGGGAGCGACUCCGACGGCUCCAACUCCUCCGACGAGGAGGACCCGAUGCACCCCUACAACGUGCAGGACGCCCAGCCGUGGCACAACGACGGCCGCGUCGCGUACAUGGAGCAGGACGAGGACGACUGUUUCCCAGGCGCGCCCACAAUUGCGAUCGACGACGUGCCCUACGUCCCGCCCGCGUCGCCGACGGGGUACAACGGCACCGACGUUCCCGUCGCGCCCGAAGAAGGGAAGAACCCGUACGCGGCCUACAACGGCGUGCAGCGCUCCGUCUCCCCGUACGAGCUCCACGCGCCCAGCCCCUACACCCCCGCCUCGUCGCCGUCCCCGCCCCGCCGUGCGCCGCGCCGCGCCCCGGGCACCGCGCGCCGCACCACGGGCGGCCGCACCGCGCGCUCGUACCUGAUGCAACAGGAGGAGGAGGAGGAGGAGGAGGAUGACAGCGCGGACGCGGAUGCGGAGUACGAAGAGUCCGACGCCGACUCCGAGGACGACUACAUGCCCUCCCCGAGGACGAAGCACCGCACGCUCGGCUCCCCGCGCAGGAACGCGAAGGAGUUCAAGCCCUACGCGUCCCCCUCCCCUACGGCCCCGAAGACCAAGGCCAAGGCCAGGGCCCAGGGCCGUCGCGCCGCCUCGCGCGCCGGCCACCGCAGCCAGGCGCGCAACAUACAGUCCGACGAGCCGGUACCCCGGAAAGGCGAGCGCUAUGAGAAGGUGGGCCCGAUGGCGUGGACGUGCAAGCAGUGCGGGUUCGUGCAGAAGAACCAGCGCGCGCCGGACAUGGAGCGACACAUCGCGACGCACUUCCGCGACCGCGAGACGCGGUGGGUGUGCUGCGGCGUGCCGGUCGAGGAGGCAGCGGAGCACGGCGUGUACCUGGCCCCGGGCAGCAACCCGCUGAGCGCACCGGGUGCGAUCGAGCUCAACGGGCGUAUCAUGGUCGGCGGGUGCCAGCUCGACUUCAGCCGUCAGGACGCGCUCAAGCGGCACUGGAAGAACCGGAAUAUCGGCUGCGUGGGGGAUAUCAUCUACUCGAAGAUGGAGACGAGGACGGAGAUGGAGUGA